CAGUACCAUAUGCACAAUUGCAGAAAGUGAUGAUAAAGUCACUGUCUUCGAUUCUAAUAAAAAAUUAAAUAAUUACCGUUGCUUCAUGUUAUAUAUUUUGGACAAUGAAUGUGUGAUCGAUUGCGUAUCAUCGAUUUGCGUUAUAUUUAAAAAAUAAUUCAAACAGCGGACAUUUCGAUUAAAAAUAUUUUACGUCUUCUCAAGUUUCAUAAUUGACUGCAUCUGUUUAUCCCGUUAGAAGCAUAAAUUUUUAUUAAGGCGUUUGCGAUAAACUAUUUAAAGAUAUGAACAAUGAUAAACAAUUCUACGAAAAAGUGAAAGUUUAUCUGAAUACUUUGCUACAAGUGGCUCAAGGUCGAUCAUCGUAGUAAAAUCGAUCUAUAAGAAUUCAAUAGCGACACAAGUAAAUACCCGUAGAUCACGAUAAAUUCAGAUAACCAGAGUACUUGUAGAUACCGCGAUAAUAUUUUUGGAAUAUCAUACCGUAUUCAUACGCGAGUGACAUUAUUAUAAAAAAAGAUGGGUGCCAGCAAUUGUAAAGGACUUCUUCCAGGAAGUUCUAGAAUCACUCCAGACAAAUCGUCGAAAACAGAUACAGAAAGCGGGGAUGUCAGAAUCAAAGUCUGAAAAGAAGAAUUAUAUUUGCAGUGAGUGUAAUAAACCGAAAGAAGAUAUUAGAGCGUCGCGUAAUAGUUCAAAAUGUUGCUGUAGUUGCAAGCCAGAAAAGUAUGAUUACAUCGAAGAUGUGGUGUGCAAAGAAACGGAUAUCAACGAAAAUGAAAUGAAACUUUUGCCACUUGGAGAUGCUGGGACAAAAAUUCUGUUGAUCAAACAAAAAGGAGAGUUGCAUGCUAUUGGUACAAAAUGUACACAUUAUGGGGCAUUACUUCAUACGGGAGCGUUGGGAGAUGGAAGGAUAAGAUGUCCGUGGCACGGUGCAUGUUUUAACAUUAAAACAGGAGAUAUAGAAGAUUAUCCAGGCUUAGACUCUUUACCGUGUUAUAAAGUAAACGUGGACGAUGCUGGACUUGUACGGGUGAAAGCAAAUCGUAAAGAUCUGGAUUUAAAUAGACGCGUAAAAAAAAUGCAUGAAAAAGACGUCGAUAAUAAAACUACAGUUGUGAUAGUCGGAGGUGGACCAGCUGCUGCAACUUGUGCAGAAAGUUUACGGCAAGAGGAGUUUACGGGAAACAUUAUUAUGGUUUGUAAAGAAAAUACAGUUCCGUACGAUAGAGUAAAAGUAUCAAAGGUUUUGGACUUUGAUAUUGAAAAAGCAGCUUUAAGACCGCAAUCAUUUUAUGAUACUCACAAUAUCCAAAUGAAACUUGGUGUGGAGGCUACAGGCCUGAAUGUAAGCAAAAACGUUCUUCUAUUGAGUAAUAACGAGGAAUUAACUUAUAAUUAUUUAUUCGUCUGUACUGGUAGCAAGCCUAGACUGCCAGAUACACCCGGCAUUAAUUUAUCUAAUAUUUAUGUGCUAAGGGAUUAUACAGAUUCUCAUGCUGUACAUUCCAAAUUGACACCUAAAACGCAUAUUGUAAUACUUGGGCUAGGCUUUAUCGGUAUGGAAGCAGCUGCUUAUUGCGUGGGUAAAUGUGCAUCCAUUACCGUUAUAGGCAGAGGAACGGUACCUCUGCAAUCGGUUUUAGGCACAGAGAUUGGUAAUAGAGUUAAACAAGAAUUCGAAGAGAAAGGUGUUAAAUUUAUAUUUGAAAAGAAUAUUACGAAAUUUGUUGCGAAGGAAGACGACGAAAAUACUAUAGGUUCGGUUGUGCUUACCGAUAACACGGUACUUCCUGCCGAUAUAGCUAUUAUUGGAAUUGGAUCUACAUUUUACACGGAUUGGAUGAAAGAUUCGCCGAUCGACAUGUUAAAAGAUGGUAGUGUAAAAGUGAAUAAGUACUUGAAAACUAACGUAGAAAAUGUAUAUGCCGGCGGUGAUAUAGCGUAUGCACCGUUAUUUGAUUCCGACAAUACUUCGGCAGCAAUAGGUCAUUAUCCUUUGGCGCAUUAUCAUGGAAAAAUAGCAGCAUUAAAUAUAUGUGAAAAAAGCACAGAAUUAAAUACCGUUCCAUUUUUCUGGACAACAUUAUUUGGAAGAAGUUAUCGAUACGCGGGGCAUGGAAAACCAGACAGGGUGAAAAUCUAUGGUUCCUUGGAAAACUUUGAAUUUUUUGCAUUAUAUAUUAAAGAUGGUAAAGUUAUUGCAAUGAGUAGCGUAGGCGCAGAUCCUGUCGUAUCUGAUUUUGCAAAUUUUCUAUACGAAGGAAAGACGUUGACGGAAGAAAUGAUCGAUAAAAGUCCAUUCGGUUGGAUACAGAAUAAACCGAAAAACUUACUCGAACGAUUCCAAAACGUAUCUACCGUAAACCCAUAAAAGCAAGCUAUUUAAGGGUAUUUAAAAAACAUGCUGUUAAUUUUUGUUUUAUAUUUUAUAGAAGAAAUAGCUGAAGAUUAACAGAGUAUUCUGAAAUGCAUUUUCGCAACUAUAUAAUUUAAGUUAUUGUUUAGAAAUGAAAUUAUAAUUUUGCGACUUUAAAGGUAAAGUUAUGUUUUCGUACGAUAUAUAUAUUUUACUAUACGCGUGGAUCGCGUAUGUAAUACAUUCAAAGUAUUUCUUUUUUUAUCCAUUUAAAUACAUUUUAUAACGGUAUUCUAUACACGAUAGUACCAUUGUAGAACAUGCCUGAAUAAAUAGUUUAUACCAACAAUAAAGAAAAAAAGGAAUAGAAAAAGAUACGUAUUUAUCAUCGAGUUACCAGUAAACGAUCAAAUACAUUUAAGUUUAAUAAAACAAUA